UUCACCAUUAUAGCAGUGGACGGACACUCCAAACGUCAGUCUCUUCGUUUUUGCUACUUUCUUUUCUUUCAUGGCCUUCGACCAGAGCUUAGUGAUGGUUUCUUCUCUGUCGAGACUCUCUGUAUGCACGAACUCUGUUUACGUCGACGAAGACGAAUCAUCAGCCACUAAAAAUCAGCCGGAUUCGUGCGUUUUCACGUCGGUGGAGAAUUUCGACGGAGCAGAGGCUGACGGAGAAGUUUCCGAUGAUGGAGAAGGAAAAGAGAACGUUCGAGAGUCUGAUUCCGACAAAGAGGCACGUGGUUUCUACUCUCUUCCGGUGACUCCAUCUCGUCGGAGAAGAAAACUUUUAGUUUCCGGCGAGUUAAAUGCGAACGAGAGUAACAGAGAUGGCGGUAAGUGUAGUAUACGGAGGCAGAGGAGGGUAAGUAGGGAAAAGAAAAAAAAGGGAGUUAACGGAGAGUGUGACGACGGUGGACGAGAAGGGUUAACGGUGUUAACGAGAGCCAAGGGAGGAGACAGGUCGAUGAGGAUGGGGUUGGAAGAAGUGAAGGCUUGUAGAGAUCUCGGGUUCGAACUAGAGGUUCCGGUUCCGGGUCGGAUCUCUGUCUCAACCGGGUCGAACUUCGAUACUCAGACUAGUAGUGGCGGCAACUCACCCAUCGCCACUUGGCGCAUCUCCAGUCCUGGUGAUGAUCCAAAGGAGGUUAAGGCGAGAUUGAAGGUGUGGGCACAAGCUGUGGCUUUAGCUUCUGCAUCACGUCAUCAAGCUUCUUAAUUAUAUAUCUUCUCUGUUUUAGGUUCUACUUUUAUCUAAGUAAUAGGUCUUUUCAUGUUCUUUUUUUUUUUGCUUAGUGGGUUUUGAGAGACUUUCCUAGUUCGUAUCGUGGGUUUGUAAAUACGAUAACAGUAGUUGUUUUCAGUCAUCCCUUCAGGUGAAAUAAUAAUUUUGCGAAAUACUCUAUAUCGA